GAGAGAGAGAAGAGGGAGAGGGUUGCUUAUUCAGUCUACGGUAUAGCAGGAUUCGUGAAGUCAAAUGGCCUUCUUUUGUGGGUUUUGUCAUAUCAUCGCAAAAAUCAAAUUCACAGGAUGACUUGACUGCUGAAUUCAAAGAAAAUGGGUUUUGAUAGCACAGAUGCCUCAUUGAUAAUGGCGAAGGAGUCUCGUCUACAAGAUGCUUCCGAGCAUAAUGCGGGAGAUGCCGACAGAAUUCGCAAAAGGGAAGUUGCUGAUAUAUCUGUAAAGUUUCAUAUACAAGAUAUUGAUCUUAAGAAGCAGAUUUCUGAUGCUGAAGGAAUGUCGAAUGAUGGUGAUUCUCUAGGGUUUUCUUCAGAUUGCAAUUCCCCUUCAUUUCUUAGUUCUGAUAGUUCUGAGUUCGAUCACAAUGGCGUGUCUCUUCAUGAUCAGUUCUCUUCAAUGUUAUCAUUAUCUAGAAUCCCGGGCCCUCUUAUGGUUGAGGAGACCAAAGAGGACUCAAAUAUUUGUAAGUAUAAUAUCGGCCCCUUUAAUGAUGUACCUAUUAUUGCUAAUGGGUCACGCGAUUCUGUCGAGGUUAAGGAUUUGGCCCAGGACAAAGUUGCCAAUGAGGUGAAAGAUACUCUAAUUGUGAGCUUAGAGAGUGAUGAUUCUUCUUUUGAGAAAUCCCCCAGCGAGAACUCGUCAGUUAUUAGUAGUCCAGGCAGAUCUCCUAGCAGCGAAGAUUAUACACCCUCUCCAAAUUCAGACAGAACUGACAUAUGGGUUUCAUCGCUUGAUCUUAAUAAUGAGGAUUCAAGGUUGAUCCAAGAUAAAGAACAGGGUUUUGACAUUUUCGACUCCGACUUUCCCAGCCCUUCUUUCAGUGUUUGGAGAAAUCGGCACAUGCAAUCUUCCAAGAUAGAAGUCGAGAAUACAUUGGAGGAUCUUGAUUCUGAUGAGCCUCUCUUCUGGCCGUUGGAUCAUACUUCCUACUAUAGCCCGGAAUUUGAGAAGUUUCUUUGUCUAUCACCAUGCAAACAUACAAGGGAGAUUAGUUCUAAUGGAUUUCAUCAACUAAAUCCAGUAAGGUCGAGACUUGAAGAGAAGAACAGUCACUCUAUGGGCAGAAACAGUAGUAGCCAAGCAUGUAGAAGCCUCAUAUUCAACAGUAAGUCAAAGCCAACUGCUAAGGAAAGUAAAAUAAAAGUCCUGGACAAUAGUGUACAGAAAAUCGCUUCUGCGCCAUCGAGACUGAGCAGGUCCUCAAAAGCUUCUUCUGAGCAACAGCCGUGCAACAGCUCCAAGAAAAAACGACCACUUCAUUUGAAAGUUGAUGUGGAGAAAUCUCACGGUGGUUGGCAAAUUCGGAAUAAGCCUUUGCAAGAUCUUGAAGCAAGUGAUUUACAAAACUUGGUUGCAGAAGGAUUUUCGAUUGAAAAGCUAGUUGGUCUAAACGAGUUUGAUGGCCAUGAAGGGAUCAGUUGCGCUGGUGGAGAUGAUCAAUUAACUCUUAAUGGAUCACCUUGUUUACAUAAGCAUGGUGUUGAGCCUUCCAAACAGUAACCAACUGGUGAAAUUUGCUUCUAUAAGCCAACUAGGCCUCGGUGAUGAAUCCAAUACUAUACUUUGGAAAGCAACAAGCUAGCGUUAUCUUAUGAGGAUUUCUCUCAUCAUAAUGAGCUGACCAGGCAUAGUUUUUGGCUUUUAGAGUAGCAAAUUGCAGUAGUAAAUCUUUAUUGAUAAAGUAGUUGUAGUCAAAUGCCGCCAUUGCUGUUUGAGCAAUUGGUUUGUGCAUUAAAUUUUGGAUAGGUAAGUUAUGUUGAGAAUCAAUUGAGUACCUUACUUUGCUUCCCUUGAUUUGACAUUGUAUUAUCAUCUCUCGUUGGAGCAAUAGUAGUUCAGUUUCAGCAUCAGUUCUGAAUGGAUAGAUAGCAGAGUUUUCUCAGUUUUGAGUUC